GCCGUGGUGGGCGGCGUAAAUACGUGCGUGGUGGGGACGGCACGUCUGGCAACAAUAGGGUGAUUGUAUUUGCUAUACGGGGAAGGGUAGCAUUUGUUUGAGGCAAUAAUACGCACUUGAACUGUGUAUGAGUGCACCAUUUCUGUACGGCAACCGGAGAUCACAGCACUGUUAUGGCGGCUCCUGUCGCUACUGCGACCGUGCGGGCUAUGCGUGGAGGGAAGAGGCUUAUUCCCACCAGAGCAGCUCUGAUUCUGACAAAAAAUGCUGUUGAGAAGGUCAAGAGUGUACUAGGCAAGAAUCCACAAGCAAUCGGCCUCAAAGUCGGUGUGAGGCAGAGGGGAUGCAACGGUUUGAGCUACACUCUAGAGUAUGCCUUUGAGAAAGGAAAACUGGAUGAAGAAGUCCACCAAGAUGGUGUUACGGUCUUCAUCGACCGCAAAGCGCAGCUGUCUCUUCUUGGCACGGAGAUGGACUAUUCAGAAUCGAAGUUGGCGAGCGAGUUCAUCUUCAAUAAUCCCAACAUCAAAGGAACUUGUGGUUGUGGCGAAAGUUUCUCGGUGUAGUCAAGGACGUCGCGAACGGCGUACGGUAUUUAUGUAGUUAGUGCGAUAUGGAAGUGGGAACCUUAUGCAUCGACGAUGCGGAUCGCUGCCCUCCCCACCGCAGCAGUGCAAGGUCUUUCUCAAUGGUUCUCAACGUGCUGGAUCCGUGGAUCUGGUGAGGAUGCCGCUAUACCAGUCCGUAGCAUCGUGCAAAUGCAUUUUGCGGAAUACGGUGAAGUACAGCAGUGCACGCUUGAUUUUACCGAGCGAACUAUACCUUGGUAUAUGAAUACAUUCAUGUGCAAUA